UAAGUGUAGUUAGGUAGAGGCCUAUAGGUAGCUCCUCGUCAUCCACAACAUCAAUAACCUACAGUAGCUAGCACUCGCCAGAGACUACCCCGCAUAUCGACUCGCCGUAUCAGCUUCAUCUUCUCGACUCCCGGAUAAGCGACGACCCCUUUCUACCGCGGACCCCCGACACCACCGUAUCGUAUCGCACGACAACCCCGGACGGUUUAUAUCGAGUCAAGUGAAAGACAUCUCACCAUGUCGAGGUUCGUCAUGAGCAACUCGCUCGUAGACAAGAUCCACCAUUAUGCUUCGUUCCCUCAGACGGGGGUUAGCUUGCAGCAACUCGUUAAAUUCGGACAACACCCUAACCAGGGUACUCUACUCAAUGCCGCCGCCUUCCUCAGAGAAGAACUCGCCAUCCGCCUCUCACACCGAGUAAGAGACCUCCAAGAACUCCCCGAUGGGCUGAGCGAGAUGGAGAACGUCAAGCUGGUCAGGGGGUGGUAUGCAGAGUCGUUUGACGAGUUGGUCAAGUUCCCGGGUCUUGGGAGUCUGAGCUUGAAUGGAGAGCUAAGAUCACUACUCUCAGGUGGAGCCAAGAGCAACAAACAGAUCAACUUUCCUUCAUCCACGCCCAACCUUGCCGACCCCAAAUGGUCCUCGACAUCGUCGACGGGGAACACGGGGAUGGGGAAUGGGAACGCUAGCAAGCUGAGAAUACCUAUCGAACGACGGUACUUUUCACCUCCCCCCGCCCACCUCGCCUAUCCACCAGAAGUCCACGAAUACAACGACAAAUUCACCCAACUCUUACAGCGUAUCAAACAGCGUCACGACCCCACGGUGACGACGAUCGCUCAGGGGGUGUUGGAGUGGAAGAAGAAGAUUGGAGGGGACGUGAUGGGGAGGGACGUACAGGGGUUCUUGGAUAGGUUUUAUAUGAGCCGGAUUGGGAUACGGUUUUUGAUUGGACAACACAUCGCGCUGAAUACGCUACAACCUCAUCCUGACUACGUCGGUAUCAUCUGCACAAGAACAAACGUACAAGACGUCUGUCACGAGGCCAUCGAGAACGCAAGAUUCGUCUGCGAGGAACAUUACGCGCUUUACAAAGGUCCGCCUAUCCAGCUGCUGUGUCCGAGAGAUCUACAUUUCCCCUAUGUACCAGGACAUCUCGCACAUAUUCUCUUUGAACUGCUGAAAAACUCGCUCCGAGCUGUGGUCGAGCGGCAUGGGGUGGAAAACGAGGACGAUUUCCCGCCUAUCAAGGUGGUCGUGGUGGAGGGCAAGGAAGACUUGACGAUCAAGAUCUCGGACGAAGGGGGUGGGAUCCCAAGAUCAGCCAUGCCUCAAAUCUGGACGUACAUGUACACGACAAUGUCAGAAACACAGGAUAUGGAGGCCGUCGCGCAAAACGACUUCAAGGCGCCCAUGGCCGGGUUCGGAUACGGUCUGCCGCUUUCGAGACUGUACGCUCGGUUCUUUGGAGGUGAUAUGCGAUUGAUCUCGAUGGAGGGUUACGGGACUGAUGCUUACAUACAUCUAAAUAAACUUUCAUCUUCACGCGAGCCGCUACAAUGAAAGAUUGGUUGUAUCCACCAGUGUCAUGAUACACAAUAAUACUCGCAUUGAUCGAGAACCGAGCAAGAUUGGUUCCGCUUGUGUUUUGAGCGUUUCAUACACGCGUCAGAAUCACGCGUCAAGCCGGAGCUCAUACACAGGGGGAACGGCUUCCUUUGCGUGACUGAAACAUGUUUUGCAAGGCAUAUUCACUUUGCAGUAUGAAUGCUCGCUCUGAAAUUUAAUCCCCGGACGAUAAGGC